CUGUGGGCUCCCUGAUGGCACAUACUUAAAACUUUUGACAUAAAUACAUUAUUGUGUAACGUUCUCAUAGCUAUUAUAAGAUAAAGAUUAUUAUAAUGUAUUAAUGUGUACAAUAACUACAAUAUUAUAAUAAUGAUAUAAUCGGCCGACCGCCGCGCACUUGUCUACUUCUAGCCUUCUAGGUUUUCACCGUUUCCACUGCUUUUUGGUGCAGAGGUAUUUACUACUUAUUCACGUCGAACAGACGAACACAACUGUUACUGUUAGACUUGCACAGCUGCACAGUGCGACAGUGCACACGCAUAUCACAGAUUCGUUGUAACUCAUCGUCUCAUUAUACGAACGUGUACGACGAUUUUACCUAACCAGUCAGUAACGACUACAGCGAGUGAAGUAGUAGUUAUAUAACAGCACAUAAUAUCGUUAUCGGACACCACUGCCGCCUUUUUUCAGUGACAUCUCAAGUUGUGUGGGUGCGCGCACAAAUGUAACAUUCCACCAGGACCAAGACUAACAGCAUUGGCAGAAUGGACGAGUCGGGGGAUGGUCUAGACUCAAAUGGCAGCAAGACGACUUCGCAGAGCUUCAAAGUAGUACUCUUGGGUGAAGGGUGCGUGGGAAAAACAUCACUGGUGCUCCGGUACACCGAAGACAAGUUCAAUGACAGACAUGUUAGCACGCUACAGGCGUCAUUUGUCAAGAAAAAGCUCAAUCUCAACGGACGAAGAAUAAACCUUUCUAUAUGGGAUACAGCCGGACAAGAGAGAUUUCAUGCCUUAGGGCCGAUUUACUACCGAAUGUCCAAUGGUGCAAUAUUAGUUUACGACAUCACCGACGAAGAUUCUUUCCAAAAAGUGAAAAAUUGGAUUAAAGAAUUAAAAAAGAUGUUAGGAAGUGAAAUUUGUCUUGUUAUUGCUGGUAACAAAAUUGAUUUAGAAAAAGAUCGUACAGUUUCAGUAGAAGACGCAGAAAAUUAUGCUAGUUCAGUUGGUGCUGUACAUUUUCAUACAUCAGCCAAAAUGAAUUCAGGCAUUGACGAAAUAUUCUUGAGUUUGUGUCGUAUGAUGAUAGAAAAAGCUGAUAAACAAAUUGCUGAUAAUUUAGUCACAUUAAAUCGGUCAGGAAGUACAAGAAGAAGAACCGUAAUAAUUGACGAUGAAGAUGAUGUAUCAUCCAAAGAAUCGUCUCGUUGGUGUUGUAGUAGUUAAUUCAUUGAAUUUUGCAAUU